GGCCCAGGGCGCCCCCCAGCUCCCCGGAGCGCCACAAGACCAAGGCGCACUGGACAUGGGAAAAAAAUCUAGCCUCUGGAGGGCAGGUUCUUGUUAUCUAUACCCAGUGCGCCUCGGGUGUCUGGGGAUGGAAGCCUGGAACUCCAAGCUGCAGUGGUACAGGAACAAGUCUUGCUCGCACCCUUGUCUGUGCGGCCGCCAGACAGGCCUGCGAGACUGGGGCCCGCAUGCAUUCUAUCUACAGCAGGUGCAGCAGCGAGCGCGCAGCCGCGGCGCGUCCGAGCGAGGCGGCCCUCGGAACGCAGAGCUCCCCGAGACUAGCGGCGGCCGUGGGUCCACAAAGGACGAGGGUUCGCGGCUCGUCCUCGCCCUCGUCCUCGGCCUCGCCCUCCUCG